CGCAUGCGCGUUCUCAGAGGGGGACGACGGCUGUAGGAGCGCUUCGGAGUAGGCUUCGCGGAAGGGCGGGGAGCUCGGUCUGCUCGAGGUGGCGGGUCGGUUGGGAGAGCGCGGCUCGGCGCGAGGCAUGGCGGAGGCGGCCCCGCCAAACUCAGGUGUCUUAAAUCCAGAUGCAACUGAUUUUGUUCCAAGAGAAAGACAGAUUUUCAAUUCAACUUGGAGCAACCAAUCCAGGCUGGGAUUUGAUUGUGAUUCAAGCAGAAAUUCUUUACCUUCUUCUGUUCAACCUAGACAUAGUAAAUGUGAAGAUUCAGUUACAGAUCAUAAUGCUUUCUACAGCCCAGAAAGCCAGCAUGGAUGUCAGCCAAAUUCUUCACGGUUUUAUAGUAUUGGUAAAACUAAAAGCAAUAGCUUACAUGGUCAGCGGUGGCAACGAUCAAGGAAUGAUCGAUCACAUGGGAAAAAUCAAAUGAAGCAAAUACCUGUAGGGAGCACAGAGGAUUCUCCGUGUUUAAACACUAGAUUAGUUGUAGGGCGUAGGAUGAAUCAUAGACAAUACAGCGAUUUGUCUUCAGACAGUGAGAAAGAAGCUGCUACUGCAAAUAACAGAGGAGCAAAGCCGAAGAAGACAUAUCUGAUGCAUUCACGUGGAAGAGGAUUGAAAGAAAAAGAGAAACACUCAUCUGAAAGAGAGAAAAGAAUACCAACUAAGUGGAAGGACAAGGCUUUUGAAAAUAUUCCAGCAGUAGAUCUGACCCAAUCAGAUUCAUCUGAAACAUCUGUUGGGAAAACGGUAUCCGAUGGCUUUUCUGACAAUAGCAUUGCAAGGAGAAAAUACCCUUUUGCAAACAGGCAUUUCAGGGAACCUGCCUGGAAUAAAGAAAUUGGCAAAAAACAAGAUACACCCAGAAGUAGAAACGCAAAACACGUUAAGAAUGCAUCCCUUCCACAUCCUCCCAGAGAACGCGCCAGUGAGAAGAGGAAAGAAUCUGUGCUGCAAGAAAGAGGUCCAAACUUAGUGACCGCAGCAGAGAAACAGCCGUUCUGUGAAGCAACUACACGUGAUGGGAGGAAACCACUUCUUCAAGAAGGGUAUAAGAACAGGCGCUGGAAAAAGCAAAAUGAUGCACCAAAGAGCAAAGAAACUCAUACAG